AACAGCGUCAGAGUGAGAGCUCUGUCCUGUCUCCUCCUCUGUACUGCACUCCUCUCUGUUAGCUGCUCCGUCUCCUCCGCUAGCUUAGCCUGCUAGCUAGCAGCCCAGGUAAACAUGGCUAUGUCGCAGGCGCUGUCAGAGGAGGAGUUUCAUCGGAUGCAGGCUCAGCUGCUGGAGCUGCGGACUCAGAACUAUCAGCUGUCUGAUGAUCUCAGGAAGAACACGGCAGAGCUGAAUGCCGUCCGUCAGAAGAAUGUGGUUCUGGAAAGAGAUUUUGUCAAAGCGCAGAAGGCUCUGAAUAAGAGCAAGAAAGCUCAGGAGGUGGAUGCGUUGCUUAGUGAGAACGAGAUGCUUCAGGGGAAACUCCACAGUCAGGAGGAAGAUUUCAGGCUACAGAACAGCACGCUGAUGACUGAGCUCUCCAAGCUGUGUACACAGAUCGAACAGCUGGAACAGGAGAAUCAGGGCCUGAAGGAGGGAGGAGGAGCCUCUGCACCCGCUGCCCCGCCCAACCCCGCCUCCAGUCCUGUCGAUGGAGAAUUGCUUCGCCUCCAAGCUGAAAACUCCACCCUCCAGAAGAAAAUGAAAGCCCUCCAGGAGCGCUAUGACAAAGAGUUGCAGAGACAGGUGGUCGCCCAGGGCAACCAGAGCGCUACCACGGAGACCGACGGGUCAGCCAGUGCCAAUGGAGUCUCUGAUGUCACAGGGAGAGGGGAGGAGCCAGCAGCAGAGGGAACCAGUGAGAGACUGGAACAGACGGAGACUCAGCUGGAACAGACAGAGAAGCAGCUACAUGAGCUGGAGAUGGCACUGAACACCGAGCAGGAGGAGAAGAGGCUGCUGAGGGAGCAGAUCCACAACCUGGAGGCGUCCAAACAGGCUGAAAUCACCAAGCUACAGGAAGAGAUAACAAAGCUCUCUGAUAAGUUAAAGAAGAAGCAGGAGAGUUUUCAGCGUCUGCAGGGAGAGAAGGAGGCUCUGUACAAUGACAGCAGGACAAAGAUCGAUGAGAUCAACCAGAGGAAAGAAGAGGAGCUGAAGGCCAUGAACCUCCGCAUCCAGAAACUACAGUCAGACCUCAUGACAGCCAAUCAGCUGACAGCAGAGCUGAGAGAGCAGCUGCAGAGCAAGGAGAAAGAGCAUGAACUGGCUCUGCACACUUUGAAAGACCAGGUAGCCAGUCAGAGUGCAGUCAGUCAAGAGCAGGUGGACAACAUCCUGCAAGAGAACGAUGCUCUGAGGACAAACCUAGCAGCUUUAGAACAGAUCCAGACGGUAAAGACGCAGGAGAUGAAUCUGUUGCGUGAGCAGCAGGAGGCGUUGACGGCUGAGCUGCAGCAGAGACGAGCUGAACAGGAGAGUCUGUUAGCUCAAAGAGACGACCUGGACUCCCAGCUGCAGGAGUCGAGUUUUGCCAAUAGGAAGUUGUUGGAGCAGUUAACAGAAGAAGGACAAGAGAAGGACAGACUGCUGAGAGAGCUGGAUGAGGCUAAGAAGACAGCAGAGAAGAGGAAGGCCAUGUUGGAUGACAUGGCCAUACAGCUGAACCAGGAGAAGUCCGACCACAAGGAGGCGCUGUCAGACCUCAAACUGCAGCACGAGAAGGAGGUUCUCGGGGUGAGGGCUCGGUAUGAGAAGGAGCUCAGAGGACUCCAUGAAGACAAGAAUCGCUCUGAGGAGGAGAUCCGACAGCAGCUAAGAGAUGAGAAGGCUCGGACUAAAGAGCUGGAGGGUCUUCAGCCGAAGGUGGAGGAGCUACAGGCUCAGGUUCAGUCCAUGGAGGGAACCAAAGGCUGGUUCGAGAGACGACUCAAGGAGGCCGAGGAGAACAUAGAGAAGAACUCUCUGGAACAUCAGGAGGAGAUCAAGCAGCUGCAGAGAGAACACACACUUCAGCUGGAGGAGAAGCAGUCAGAGAUGGAGGGACUGAAGCAGCAGCUGGUGGAGGUGGAGAAACAGAAGGAUGAACACGGUGACACCAUUGGAAAACUCAGACAGGAGAUAAAGGACACUGUGGACGGUCAGAGGAUCCUGGAGAAGAAAGGAAGUGCAGCGCUGAAGGACUUGAAGCGGCAGCUGCAGCUGGAGAGGAAGCGAGCGGACAAACUGCAGGAGAGACUCCAGGAGAUACUGACCAACAGCAAGACCAGGACAGGUCUGGAGGAGCUGGUUCUGUCAGAGAUCAACAGUCCCAGUCGGACUCAGCAAACCGGAGACUCGUCCUCCGUCUCCUCCUUCUCCUACAGGGACAUGAUGAAGGAGGCUCAGCCGGCCAAUCAAAACAAGUCUGGAGGAGGCAGUCCUCAGUCCAACCGUCCGGCUGAACUGUCUGAUGACGAGGUCGGAGAGUUGUUCCAGCGUCUCGCUGAGGUUCAGCAGGAGAAGUGGAUGCUGGAGGAAAAGGUGAAACAUCUGGAGGUGAGCUGCUCGUCGAUGGCUGAGGACAUCUGCAGGAAGAGCGCCAUCAUAGAGACAUAUGUGAUGGACAGCCGCAUAGAUGUGUCGGGCAGUGCCUUUGGAGGCCACGGAGGCUCUCAGGGAGACAGAGGUGGUCUGGGUUCAGUCCUUAGAGAUCUGGUCAAACCAGGAGACGAGAACCUGAGAGAGAUGAACAAGAAGCUGCAAAACAUGUUGGAAGAGCAGCUGACCAAGAACAUGCACCUGCAGAAGGACCUGGAGGUUUUGUCCCAGGAAUUAGUCCGUCUCAGUAAAGAGAACAGUCCUGGUGUCGGAGCAACUGGGUCGGGAUGAGACCAUGACCUGGAUCCAUCCG